AAGUGUCAAGGCCCCCCCGCCGUGUCAGCCGUGUGGGAGGCACCGUUGCCAAGGCGCCGCCACACGUCAACAACAACAACAACACCGCCGCGUGGGUGCCGUUGUCAUGGCGGCACGCGCGCUGCUCGCCUUCCUCUUGGCCGAACAGGAGGACGCCGAUGACAGAGCACGAGCUGCCAUACGUCGCUUCAGACGGUCCACCAAGACAAGUUCAAGGUCCCAGAAAUCAUCAACAGAACCUGAGGCAGAUGCUGCAUGUUCCAAACCUGUAAAGGCAGAGCCACCACCCACUAAAAGACACAAAACAGGAGUAAGAUGUGCUGGAGACUACCUCCGGAAAGGUGGCAUGGCGGCCUUCUACAACCUCAGUGACUUCCACACCCACUUUGGUAUGACACGCACCCAAGUAGAGGACCUUCUCAAUCAACUUCAACCUCACUAUCCAUAUGAAAGAGGAUCCAAGUUGCCUUUAGAAAAUGUUGUGUUAGCAAGCCUGUGGGUGUUGUCCAGCCAAGAGUCUUAUAGAGUUAUUGCAGAAAGGUUUCAGACGGGUAAGUCUGUUAUUUGUGCAUCAUUGCACACUUUCUGUAAUCUUGUGUCUGGUAACCUUGAAAAUCACAUCAGAUGGCCUGUUGUUACUGCAGUAAAAGGAACCGUACGAGGCUUUGAAGAAUUAGGUUUUCCAGGAACUCUAGGAGCCAUGGGUGCUUUUCACAUAACUAUAAGCAAGCCCAAAGAUGUUGAGGAACCAAAUGAAUAUAUGAAGGAAACUGGAGUUUAUUACACCACUCUGCUUGCAGUUUGUAACAAUAAGUACAAAUUCACUUAUGUUAAUGUUGGACACCCUGGAGCCUUUGAUAAUGCAGAGGUGUUCAGGAGAUGUGAGCUGUAUAAGGCCUUUCAGGAGGAUCCUCAUUCCCUUCUCCCUAACAAUUUUCACAUAGGAAAUAAAUCAUACUCUUACCAUAUACUUGCUGAUGGUAGAUUUCCUCUGUCGGAGUAUGUGAUGACCCCAUAUAAGGAUGACCACCAUUUGAAUGCAAAAGAACAGGAGUACAACAAAAGACAGUUGUCAGCUGUGUGUUCAAUAUCCAAAGCUAUAGGUGUGCUAAAGGCCAGGUUUACUCGUUUGAAAUCACUUCCAAUGCAGCAUCUUGCACAGUGUAGCGUUGCUAUCAAAGCUUGCUGUAUUCUUCAUAAUAUUUGUGUUCAUACAAGUGACGUAGACAUUUACGGUGCAAAUGACAUGACUAAUGAAAUGACUACUUGCACUCCUAUUGGUUUUGAGUCUAAUGUAACAGGAGAAAAUAAACGCAAAGCUAUUGCUGAUUCUUUCUCAUGAGAACAAGAUUUCUAAAUAAGAAUAUAGGUAAUUGAAAUUUUUAAAUUUAUUGAAACUACUAUACUUUGAUAUUGUUGAUAACUUUGAUAACUAUGCCACUGUAGUGCAGUGGUCAGCAUGUCUAGCUACGAAUCUGUGGGGCCCCGUUUGAAUCCUGACCCAGGCAAUUGGCAUGCAGCUCACCCAGCUGUUCAUCCUUCCCUUCGGGCUGAUCAAUAAAUGAAUACCUGGGGAAACCUAGGGAAGGUAAACUGUGGUAACCCAGAUGUCGAACUGGCUCUGUGGUAAUGGGUCCCCAUCCACCACAGACUCAAGGGCCAAAGGUACAGAGACAAGCACCGUGGCCAUGUGCAGCAAUAGUGUAUGCCCCCAACUCUACCUUUACUUAAUACAGUAUAGCUGUGCAUAACCUUGAUGCUUACUUCACUAUUAUUGGCACUUGAGCAUGUGAUGGGCAAGUACCCUGGGACACAGGGUUACCACACUGUACUUUUCCCAGGGGUUUUCCAGGUACCUGUUUAUCAGCCAGCCCAAAAGGGAGGAUGAUCAGCUGGGUGGACUGUGCCCGAUUGCCCUGGUAGGGAUCUGAACCCACAUGUCAGUGCUAUACUCUCUACUUGGUGAAAGAAAGACCUAUAACAAGAAAGGAAGUCAGUCUAGAGAUUGCAUCUAUCUAUCCUUAAGUUCAUAUUCAACAUCUCUCAGGCCAUCUGAGUAAUAUACUAGCACAUUUUACACUUAUUGUUUUAGUCACCUUCCAAAACUCUACCUCUGGCAAUGUAUUUUAGAUAUUAUAUUUUCUAAUCAAUUUUCUCCCUUCAUACAAUUAAAGAAAAGUAUAUUCUAACCUUUAAAUCUCAAUAGUGUCAAAUAUAUAGUGUUAUCCAUUUUGCUUUUAAUAACCAGUCUGGUGCCAAACAUCAAAUAAGGAUAAGAAAGUCUGUUGACUUGUAAAUUCUCAGUAACACAGAUCAUAAGAAUUAUUGGAAUGAAAGUUGUCAUAUUUGGUUAUAUUUAAUAGUUUUGCUUCUCAAAUAAAACACUACAAACUUUUUUGCUUAACAAACAGGGUUAGAAAAAUAUUUCAAUUCCAAAAAGCAUUUGUGUUUGUUAAUGUCUUAAAGAUCAUUAUUUUCUUUACAGUAUAUAAUAAUCUUCAAUAAAACAGUAACACCUCUUGAAUAAUCUAAAAAUAUAAUUUGAGAGACAAUGAAUCCAAUACAUUCUAUUGCUAGAGUCUUCAUGCCUGAAAAUGCUUCAAGACCUAAAUUUUUAAAAUUAAGGAAAGUAUAAAUCAGCAGUUGCACUGGAUUUCAUGGCUUAAAAAAUGUAACACAAUUACAUAGUCUUAUAAGGCUCUUAUUUUCUUGACAUUUCUGUUUGUGCAUUCGUAUCAACCUGGGAUGAUAUUCCCAACCACCUGCAAAAAAUGUUUGCUGUUGGGUGAGAACAUUUCCUGUUCAGUCUGAAAUAGUGGCUGAAAUACUUUUUUGAGGGGGUGGUAGGGGAUAGCAGAUAAAGGAAUAUGCCAAUAAAGCACAAUGUCUUAUUAUGUCCGUCGUAUAUCAGGCACAACAACGAGAAUAUCCAAAAUAAGUAAACAUUUUGCAUAGUUGAUACGCAUUUAUAUUUGCUUUCAGUCAAAUGUUCAGGAAUAUUUUCAUUAAAAUCCCAAACUAUA